AUGGCUAGCCAGAUUCAAACCGACGACGCAUUCAGCCAAAAUGUGCACCAUUUACGUGCCGAGUAUGAGCAGUGUCGCCUCGCUACCAAUCUGUUCCCCCCAGGCGGUAAACCAGUUCUCGAGCUAGAUCUUCAGUGCGGCGACAAGUCUUCCAUGACGUUCUGGUAUGACGACGGCACUGAGCAUGGCCAAUGUGUACGAAUUUUCGACGUCCCCGGUACUCUAUCUGGCGAUAUCUUAAGAAUCCGUCGCAACUUGCCCGCCAUGUCUGCGUAUCCCGAGGUUAUAGAUGACGACUCUGAGGACGUGAGCGAGCUCGUUUCCAAGCUUCCCCUUGUCUCUGUCGACCCAGCGAAGCACUUUGUAAAAAAAGGCAAGUAUCGAAGCGAGGUCGAGAAUCUGAUCAAGUGCCAAGGCGGCUCUGUACCGGGUCAUCCAUUCUCUCCCAACAUUAUCCAGCUUCUUGGAAGGUCUUCCGAUGGGCAGCUUGUCUUCGAAAAGCUGUGGUCUAGCGCGCGUACCCUCGGUCACUUUUCCUCCUUGGCCCUCUACAAGAGCUGGAUACUACAACUUAUUGACGCCUUACAUUGUCUUCACUCGGUUGGUAUUAUCCAUCGCGACUUACGCACCGAUAACCUUCUCUUCUCGAACGACGGCCAACGCCUGGUUGUUUGCGAUCUCGAGAGCCGCUGGGGGGAGCGGAAGGCGCCUGAGGUCGCCUUCAAGGGGGCCUAG